CUUCCUUCUUUUGGGAUGCUACCAAGCCCACAUAGGCGGUCUUACCAAAGCCCCUUGUGUUACCAACAUCCCUAGCGUAUUUAGGACCUCAUGAAUCCCCGUGGGACUCCCGUGUGAGAUCCUUAUCCUUCUAUUGCUCCACCUUGACCCGUGGUUUCCAGCCCUACGAGUCUUGAAAUGGACAAGCGUGAAGCCAUCACCGCAUCCAACCUUGGUCCGGUAGUCAGCUUGCUGGCCUGGAUCAUGGUAGCAUCGGUUCUCAUCGCGGUCGGCAUCAAGUUUACCUUGUCGUCCGUCAUUCUCAGAAGAUGGAUUACGGAGGACAUUGCACUAGCCCUCGCGACAGUUUUCAGUAUCGGCUUCUCGGUUUCCAUAUCGCUUGCCGUACCAAACGGAAUCGGGCGACAUCAGACGACAUUGUCAUCGGAUCAACUAAAGUCGCUACAGAAAGCAGUCUAUUCUGCCAGUAUUCUGCUCGUCCUGGUCUCAAGUUGUGCGCAAGCCUCAAUCCUCAUCUUUCUCUACGAGAUCACGCCACGCCUCUCCCACCAGCGGUUGAUUUAUAGUGUGGCGGGUUUCACUGCCUUGUUCUUCAUCCCGUCAUUCUUCGUGGCCGUCUUUCCAUGUCGUCCGCCUGAUGUGUGGGAAGUCUUGGGGAGUCAAUGCAUCGACCAGUCCUUCUUUUGGAGAACAUUUGCGGGAGUGAACCUCGUCAUUGAAAGCGCACUGAUUCUCCUUCCCGCCUUCAUGGUCUGGCCCAUGACGAUGGAUAGAAGACGGAAAUCCAUAGUGAUCACCGGGUUUGCCGCUCGAUUGGCGGUUAUGGGUGCUUUCGCGGCACAGUUCUAUGAAGCUCAGAGCUUGGAGACGCAACUUCUGGAUAAAACCUUUGACACUUGGAGAUACCAUGUGACCACGGUGUUUGUGCAGGGACUCAGCAUCAUUACUGUCUGCAUCCCCUAUAUUAGAAAUCUGCUUCUGGGUAUGGAGUCAGGCAUGAUACAGACCGGUCAUUUCAGAUUGCCAGACAGGCACGGCUUGGAGCCCGAAAUUCCCCUCCGACUGAACUCUCUUAACAACACAGGAGCAAAAAUUGCGUAAUCUGCCAUUUCCUAUGUUGAAGGAGAUAACAUCAAUUAGUGCACAAAGUCAUCCAGGAGACGGGCCAUAGCUUAGAGGAUAGACAGGAUGCUGGCUUCAUUGAUUGUGGAGGGCAAGUAAUUAAGGUCAUCCAAUGAUCCGCGAAGCCUUACGAAAGCAACGAUCGGAGAACUACCUCUGAAAUGUAUGUAACCUAAAGGUGCAAAUUUGCGCAUGGAGUGUGCCCGAAUACAAGUUAAAAGUGCCCGAGGCGAUGCCCGAGUUGUAUAGGUAAAGUUCAAGCGGGGACGUCC